AUGCCCCUGGCUGGUUACCGUGUGGUUGACGCAUUCGGCUAUGAUCUGCAGAGCGCCGCGAAGCUCCCCACCACAUUUUGUCUGUCAGCGGUGGAGGAGCUGUCCACCGACGCGGUGCUGAAGUGCGUCCCGACACAGCGCUGCGUUGUAGCCUUUAUCAAGGCAUCUGCAGAAGCCAAGAAGUUGUACACAGCCCUGCAGCAGUAUGCCAAACGCUACAGUUGGGUGGGCAUGGGCCGCAUUCAUAAGGGCCUCCGCGAGCAGGUCAGACUGAAUGAUCACUCUGCUAUACAGAAGCCUCAUCUCUUCUUUCUGCCAGAUGUUCCAAGUGUGCCUUUCUUCCCACGUGACGCUCAUCGACAUGACAUUGAAGUCUUGGAAGCCAACUACCCUGCGAUCUUGGCUGAAUUCCAGGCUGUUUACCAGAAGGGCAUUGACUCAAAAUUGGGCUGGACCUGUGUAGGACCAAAGGGCCAAGCUGUGUUUCCUUUGUACAGUGCUGGUGUCUCUGUGGCAGGAAACUGCCGUGCCUGUCCCUGCACCUACCGGACACUUCUGUCUUUACGUACUUUUAUAAACAGCAACUCAUUGGGAUCAGCAGGAUUUUGGCUGCUGGGCCCUGGAGCAACUUUGGGAAGCACAUAUGGACCCACUAAUACACGCCUGCGUUGUCAUCUUGGUCUGCAGACUCCACCCCUGUGCGAGCUGGUGGUGGGAGGGGAGCCUCAGUGCUGGUCAGAAGGACACUGCCUCCUGGUUGAUGACUCCUUCCUUCACACUGUCUCCCACAAGGGCCCUCCAGAUUCUAGACCCAGCGUCAUUUUAAGUGUGGACCUUUGGCAUCCAAAUGUGGCUGCAGCAGAGAGACAAGCCCUGGACUUCAUGUUCAGCCCUGAACUCUAAAAUGUUUUUGUUUAUCUGUGUACUUGUAUACAACAUGAAGAGAUGCCUUACAUUAGACCUGGUAGUCCUGGGACAUGCAUCUCAUUCCAGUAAAUUAACCGCUGUGUGAAUCUGCCCCAAGAAUUACACAAGCCAUUAGCCAUGCUUUCAAGUGCUGUUGGAUUUAGGGUCUACACCGAGAUUUACCACAUGAAUGCAUUACAUUGUUGUUAUAGGCUGGAUGCUAGGCCACAAACUAAGCAUCACUUGAAAGCACAAAGAGCAGAUCCAGCGUUAGCAACUUGGCAUCAUAACUUUAUGCAUGUGAAAACUACUGGAGUUUAUUUUCAACUGUUGAUGCAUGUGCAGAUAUGGGAAUGAUUCAACCAGAAAAACUGUGAAAAAAAAAGAUAAAUAUUACAAUUGUAAUAUAAAAUGAUUUUUAUUUUCCAAAAUUAUUGCCAAAAAUAUUUUGACUAAUAUAUACUGUGGUUCUUUCUUUCCCUACAUACGGUCCUCUGUGUAUAUGCUUGUAUAUUUCUAUCUAGAAGUGCUUUCCUAUAGUUUUGUUUAUAACUGAUUGCCCUGCAGUGGUUUACAUAUUAUACAACAUAAAGUACUGUGCAAAAGUCUUGAUCCAUCUGUCAGUUCUUUAUAUUUUACUAGGAAAAUGGGACGAAGGUGCAGUGAUUUAUUGAAACAUAUAAGAACACACAUGAUAAUUCAGUACAUAAGGAAUUGUAAAAAAUAGAAAAUACAAAACAGAAUUGUAAAAUUAUAAUAAGCUUAAAAUUCAAUACUUAAUAUAAACAUGUUUAUUCUUUGUA